CCGAUUUAUAAAACCUUUCUCCUCUCUUUAUUUUUCGUUUUAUCCGUAAACAGUUCAGUCGCCAUGGGAGCUCUCCUUCUCCUCCGACCCGCUCCUCUCCCCCUCUCCUCCCCACCUCACCAUCCUCUUCAACGCCGCGAUCGCCUCGGCCGAAACCCUAGAUCUCGCGUUGCUUGCUCUCCGACUCGAUCCGAAGCGGUGCAAAGUGAUGCGACGGGAAAAGAGUACGAAUUCGGAUUCGUCGAUGAGGUGAUUUACAGGUUUUUUAGGAAGAAAAUGGUGGAGGAGGUUGGAUGGGAUUCUGAAAACCCCCGGUAUGAUGGGCUAAUUGAAGUUGUAAAUCGCAUGAUGAAGGGAAGAAGCUAUAGAGAGACCGAGGAAUCAGCUGUUCGAGUUAUAAGGUCGCUGUUUCCACCAUUCUUACUUGUCUUUUUUAAGAGGCUUAUAGCACCUUUAUUCAGGGGCAGAAUAGCCUCCAUGAUGUCUGCAAGAGCAACUGUACUUUCUUGUCAAUGGCUGAUGGGCCCCUGCUCGGUCAAAGCAAUCGAACUUCCUGAUGGGUCCACUUGCUCAAGUGGGGUGUUUAUUGAGAAGUGCAAGUAUCUAGAGGAAAGUAAAUGCGUGGGACUCUGUAUAAACACGUGCAAGCGGCCAACGCAGACUUUCUUCAGGGAAUACAUGGGAGUGCCGUUAUACAUGGAGCCAAAUUUCAGCGACUUCAGUUGCCAGUUUAAUUUUGGAGUGCUACCACCCGAACCAGACGACGAUAAAGCCCUUGCAGAGCCAUGCUUGGAAAUGUGCCCCAAUGCUACACGACGUAAAGAGCUCAAUCGCAGGGAUGCAGACGUCACCAAGUGCCCGCAGGCGUGAAAAUGUUAUAUCGUCUCAUCGGCAAAAGCAUUCAUUACUAAUCUACGGUUGUAAGGUUUCCUCGAAAAUAAAUAACUAUCAUGCCAAAGGCGAAAUAACCUCUUAUGGCAUAUCAGGUUGUUUUACGUGUUGUAAGAAACAGGCUGCUACUACUACUGUUUACAUGUAACAAGUCCAGGUUGAAAGACUAGCAUUUUUGAAAAAUGUCAGUACAUGCAUGCAGCAAAUUCCAGUUGAAA